AUGAUUGGACCUCUUACAUCAUCGGCACUCCGUGUAACCGCUGCCAUUGACGAGAUACAGGCUGAGAUUUUGCGUGCCGAGGACUUUCUCGAUGCCCUAGAGGAUAAGCGCCGACAUCUUCAGUCAAUUAAAGACGACUACAAGACAGUUCUAUCACCUGUUCGUCGCGUACCUGCGGAGGUUCUCGCGGAGAUAUUCCCCGUGUACAGCGAAAACGGGGGGUCAAAGCCUAGAUAUAAUGUUUUCGACGUGAAAGCUGGUCCCUGGGUUCUUUCCCGAGUAUGCCGUUUAUGGCGUCAAGUCUUGUACUCCCUUUGCCCGAGUAGUUGGACCACCUUUAUGGUGCCAACAUACCCUCGGAUGCGAAGGGAUCCCACCUCAUUGUUAAAAGCCGCGCUUUCGCGCUGCGGAAACCGCCAGCUGGAGUUUAUCUUUUGCGGUCCAAGCUGGGAUCCGCGAGAUGCAGACAUGGAGGUACGAAGGACCAGCAAAUCUCUUUUCCAAAUUUUGCUGUCGCUUUCUCACCGAUGGAAAUUCGUCACUCUCGACAUUGUUCACGAACUUUUCCAACUUCUUUCAUCUGUUCGUGCAAAGAUUCCCUGUCUGGAAACUUGCAAUAUAACAACUGACCCUAUCACUGGGCCGUUCAAUGCUCUAGAAUUUGCGCCAAUUUCAACCUCCAACCUUGUCACAUUCUCUGACGAUAGAAUGACCGACUACUUUGGGAGCUUGCACCAGAUGUAUCUAGAUAUAAUUCGCGACUCCCCUUUCUUGGAGGAGCUGGAAGUCGCUCACCAGGGCGAAGCAGAAGGUAUCUUGCCCGUGGCUACUCCCUUCAUUGUCCAUCCAGCGUUACGCAGGCUGGCUAUUCGUGAAGGCUCUUUUAUAGGAAGCCUAGAACUCCCAAAGCUUGCAUCAGUUGCUAUUCAAGAGGGCCCUAGGGCUGCAUUUCCCGAUGUGCUUCCCGCGUUACAUGACCUCAUCAUACGCUCGGGGUGCUCCCUUACAAGUUUGACCAUCACUGAUACUCUCGAUGAUGACAUUAUACCCAUCCUCUCUUGGUCUCCACAGCUUACCAACUUGUCGUUUUGUCUCACUCAAUGGAAUGAGAACUCGGAUUCUAUUCUUCAAACAGUUGUCGAAAGGAUGGCAGAAACGACCAUCAGAAGCUCCAGUGAUUUAAAUCGUAACAAAUUAGUUCUCAUCCCCCUUCUGGAGAAGCUCUCCAUCGAUAUGCACGAUCGCAGGUCCCGACUCAGAGGGGAAGUUGAGGUGGGAUUCGUUGACAGCAAUUUUGUCAACAUGUUGAAGGGUCGCUUGAACUGCGAAAACCCGCUGCGGUCCGUCAGUAUCAAGACAUCGACACGUCUAUUGAGAUUCUCGCGACUUGAUGAGGAUGAUAUCAAGCAGCUAGUAAAAUGGCGGGACGAAAGCAAAUUGGAGGAUCUCUCCAUCGAGUCGGGUUGGAGCCCAGAUGGAAACAUCAUCGUGUAA